AUGGAACUAUCUGCAGCCCUUAGACAGUGUCUAUUGGGAAGUAAAAGUGGGGCAUGUAUGAAAUUUCACAGUACAAAUCAAACAGUUUUCAUAUGCAACACUGGUAUUCCAAAAGUCAACGUUGCAUCAGCCGCCAUACCAGAUGAACAACCAGAGGUUGACGUGAGUGAUGAAGAGUUUCUACAAUUUGACACGACAACAGUCCCGGUUAUAGUUACUUUAACUAAGGUUGGAAGGCAUUAUAUUGUAGAUGCAACUUCAAAAGAAGAAUCACAAAUGAGCUCUGCUGUUUCGGUGUCAGUCAACCGGCAAGGAUUGAUAUGUGGGUUGACCAAAAGUGGGGAUGCGAGUUUAGACUCGAGUGUGGUUCUUGAUAUGAUAUCGGUGGCUAAACAUGUAAGUGAGCAGUUGAUGAACAAAUUGGAUUCCGAGAUUGCUGCAGCUGAGGUUAUGAAAGAAGAUUCAUGACCUUCUAUCGAUGUAAAGAGUUUUAUAAUAUUGUGUUAGUGUUCUUAUUCAUAUCAAGCAUGUAUCAUUUACAAUCAAAAGUUUGAUGAGGUUUAACCGACAUUUGAUGUCGCAUCAUGUUAUACACUAGACUGGUGCUUCCGACAAUCUUUUGUGCCCUUUUUAGUUAAGAGUCAUUGACGUGGGUUGGACGGGUAUGUAGGCCUGUAAAUGAACCGAACAUA